AUCACUAUAUGAAGGUGAAGGGGCUCGUAAAGGGUUUUCAUCUCAAAGUUUAAGCUUUCAUAAUUCAAAUAAUCAAAGAGAGAUGGCUCUAUGUGGAAAAUUGGUUAAGAAAACAUCAAUCAAGUCCGAUGGAGACGUGUUCUAUGAAUUAUUUCGAUACAAACCUAACCAUAUAUCCUAUAUGAGCCCAAUGAACAUCAAAAGUGUUGAUCUAAAUGGUGGUGAAUGGGGUUAUGUCGGAUCAACAAUGACUUGGAACUAUAUUAUUGAUGGGAAGACAUGUGUGGCUAAUGAAGUGAUUGAAGCAAUUGACGAGGAAAAGAAAUCAGUCUCCUUCAAGGUGGUCGAUGGUGCUCUAAUGGAACUUUAUAAGACCUUCUUGUUGACUGUUCAAGUAGACACAAAGGAAGAAAAGAACUUCGUGACUUGGACUUUGACUUACGAGAAGAUUAAUGGAAACAUUAAAGAUCCAAACACUUUGAUGGAGUUUUGCCUCAAUGUCACCAAAGAUAUCGAGACUAACCUACACAUGCAAUGCAACUGAUUAAAGUUCCACGUGAACAAGAAUAAAGACCCUUGAAUUGGAUGUUUUCACUGCACCAUAUCUUAUUGUGUUUCAAUCCUCGUCUAUUUGAAUGAUUAAAACUUGUAUUUUAAUUCGAUUGUUCAUGUCAUACUCGACAAACAAUCUAUGUAACCUGUUGGGUCUUUUGUAAUAUAUAUCGUCUUCAUAAAAAAGGUUUUUACUUCA